UUCACCAACAUUGGCGCUGCAAGGACGACUGCCCCACGAGUUUGAACACACACAGCUGCCGGCGGCGAUGACUGACUGACUCGUGGGUUUGAAGAAACUAUACUUGUAGCUUCCAGUCUGGAUAUAAGCGGUCGAUUGUGUUAAAGCGGCUUGUUAAGGACGAGAAACCGGCUAACAGAUAAGUGCGUCCGUGUGCCUGGAAAUAACCUCUGUCCCUGGCGGUGGAGGGUCUACAUUCAUUGACCUGCCUCUCUGCAAGAUAAGCUGCAGAGAUGGUGUUUAUGCAGAGCUACUGUGGAUCCAAUACCUCCAUUUCCCACACGUGGGUGGAUGAAGGAAUCGCCCCGUGCUUCUACUUCACCCUCGUACCCACUAUCCUGCUCACCGUCGCCUUCUUCCUCGGCACCCUCCACUGCAUCUUCUACCAGAAGUAUGGCACACCGAUGGAGCCCAAGUUCAUCCCGCGCUCUCGCCUCUACGGCUUCCAGCUGGCCGUCACCAUCCUGCUGCUGCUCCAGUUUCUGGGUGGGACGGUGUGGCGGGCUGCCAGUGCAGAGGAGCUUCCGGGAUACGUGGUUCUGUACGGCUGCUUCUCAGCGGCGGCGUGGGCAUGGGCUUUCAGCCUGCUCCGGGUGGAGAGACGCAGGGCUCUGGUGAUGGAUCGCACACGGGGGCACAGCACUGCCCUCCUGGUGUUCUGGGCCUUGGCUUUCUCGGCUGAGAAUUUGGCCAUCGUCUCCUGGUACAGUCCCCACUGGUGGUGGAGCCUGCAGAGCACUCAGGAGAUGGUGCAGUUUGCUCUGUGGCUGCUGCGCUACAUCGGCACCGGGCUGCUCUUCUUCCUUGGUCUUAAAGCGCCGGGGUUGCCUAGGAAACCGUACAUGCUUCUGAUUAACGAGGACGAGAGAGAUGUGGAAACCAGCGGACAGAGUUUAUUGGGAAGGACAGAGGAGAAUGAGUCCACGUGGCAGGGCUUCAGGAAGAAGGUCCGCCUGCUGCUUCCCUACAUGUGGCCCCGAGGCAACAUCAUCCUCCAGCUCCUGGUCGUCUUCUGUCUGGGGCUGCUGGGAAUCGAGAGGGCUAUUAAUGUGUUUGUGCCCAUUUACUACAAAAAUAUCGUAAAUGAACUGACCGAUGGGAGCAGCUGGCGCACUCUGGCCACAACAGUGUGUAUUUAUGUCCUGCUCAAGUUCUUUCAGGGCGGUGGGGCAGGUGCCUCGGGGUUUGUCAGCAAUUUGCGCUCUUUCCUCUGGAUCCGAGUGCAGCAGUACACCAAUCGGGUAGUUCAAGUCCGACUGUUCGGCCACUUGCACUCCCUCUCUCUACGCUGGCAUCUGGGCCGUAAAACCGGCGAUGUGCUGCGGAGCAUCGACCGAGGCACCAGUUCCAUCAACAGUUUGCUCAGCUACAUAGUGUUCAGCAUCUUUCCAACCAUCGCUGAUAUCGUUAUCUCAAUCCUGUACUUCAUCAACUUCUUCAACGCCUGGUUCGGCCUGAUCAUCUUCGUCUGCAUGACUCUGUACCUCACCACGACCAUCAUCAUCACCGAAUGGAGAACCAAAUACAGACGAGACAUGAAUCUGCAGGACAACGCCGCCAAGUCGAAGGCUGUGGAUUCCUUGUUAAACUUUGAGACGGUUAAAUACUACAACGCAGAGAACUAUGAGGUCAACCGUUUUGAGGAUGCCAUCUUGAAAUAUCAGGCUUCAGAGUGGAAGACUCAGGCUUCCCUGGCAUUACUCAAUCAAACACAGAACAUCAUUAUUGGGUCGGGAUUGCUUGCCGGAUCCCUGCUCUGUGCCUACUUUGUCACUGAAGGAAGGUUUCAGGUUGGCGAUUUCGUUCUCUUUGGCACAUAUAUAAUCCAGCUGUACACUCCUCUCAACUGGUUUGGAACUUACUACAGAAUGAUCCAAAAUUCUUUCAUUGACAUGGAAAGCAUGUUCAAACUAUUUGAAGAGGAUGAAGAGGUGAAAGAUGAAGUAAAUGCUGGGAAUCUGCUGUAUAAACUGGGAAAAGUGGAGUUUGACCAUGUUUACUUCAGCUACACAAAUGGCAAAGAGAUUCUCAAGGACGUUUCCUUCACCGUUCUUCCAGGGCAGACAGUUGCACUGGUGGGACCGUCUGGGUCUGGGAAAAGUACCAUCAUCCGACUGAUCUUCCGUUUCUAUAAUGUUCAAGGAGGGUGCAUUCGCAUUGAUGGCCAGGAUAUCUCAAAGGUCAAACAAACAUCUCUGCGAGCUCAUAUUGGCGUAGUUCCCCAGGAUACGGUGCUUUUCAAUGACACCAUCCGGGAGAACAUUCGCUACGGUCGCAUCACUGCCAGUGACCAGGAGGUGGAUGAGGCUGCUAUAGCUGCAGAUAUUCAUGAUAAAAUCAUGGCCUUCGCCGAAGGUUACGACACACAAGUGGGUGAAAGAGGCCUUAAGCUGAGCGGAGGGGAGAAACAGAGGGUGGCCAUCGCCAGAACUAUCCUCAAAGCGCCGCAGAUCAUCCUGCUGGAUGAGGCUACAUCUGCGCUGGACACGCAGACGGAGCGUAACAUCCAGGCCUCCCUGGCCAAAGUGUGUACCAAUCGUACAACAGUCGUCGUUGCACACAGGUUGUCCACCAUCAUCGGAGCAGACCAGAUUCUGGUCAUCAGUGACGGUCGCAUCGCUGAGCGAGGGCGACAUGACGAGUUGCUGCUAAAGGGAGGCCUGUAUGCAGACAUGUGGCUGAAGCAACAGAAAGCCCACGACUCUGAUUCAUCCUCAGACACUGAAGCCAAAGAUCAGACGUCGGAGAAACUGCAGCCGCCAUCGUCGUCUUCAGCCAACCACUGACACUAAAUGCUUAGAAAAAGCUAUCUUAUUUUUAAAAUCCCUUUUUAAGUUACAAAACACAGAAUCAGCAUCAGAAUGUUGUUGGUUUUUUUAGGGUUUUCCAAUUAAAUGUGCAAUGGCAAGUUGAGGGAGAAAAAGGGAAGGUGCCUUAAAAACUGAGCAGGUAGAAACACUAUGUUCAAAUAAUACACUUUUAUUUUGAACUUGUAAUCUAAACGUGGGAGUUUUAGCAAAGAAAUCUAAUUGCUGGAACAAACAAAUGGAUGUGGAACAGUACGGACGGGUGAUUCAAGAUGAACAAUUCUGUUUUAGAACGAAAUAGCGAACAGGCUUUAAGAUUUAUACCUCUUAAACUGAAACCUACUCUUAUCAUAAUCCCUUCUUGAUAUUAUUUAUAUUUAUGUUUUUAUAUGUGAUAAUACCGUUUGUGUUGCCAGUCUGUUCAAUCCAGCUUUCGUAACUCCCCUAGUGAGACUCCAAACAAUCUCCCACAAAAGGGCACAGAUAUGAAGGGAAUUAUUCAAAAUCUUGUCCUGACCUUCAGUACAUCUUGUUUUAUUGAGGAGCAUCAUUUGCUGCAUGACAAUGUGCCAGUGUGCAAACUUUCAGGGAUUUUACUUUGAUUUUAAGCUGGUGGUAGCUAAAUUAUGAGCUACUGUAUAUUAGUUGUACUGUUUUUUUAAGAGUUGAAUAAACAUAUGUGUAUGUUUCAUCAAAGAAGGUUGUGUUGACUAUCUGUGCAUUUUAAUAAUAAUACAUUUUAUUUGUUAGGCGCCUUUCAUGGCACUCGAGAUGGCCGAUUUUAUCUUUGAAUAUUGGCCAGAGCUUGUUUAUACGUCAUAAAUGCUGUUUUUGAUAUAAAGAUUUAUGUCUAAAGUUGUACAAGUCAUGUUACUGGCAUUUAAACCAUAAACCUUUUCCUUGGAAGACAUCUGUAUUGAAAAUGCAUAUUAUACUUUAUUGUCCACAUAGUAACACCCAAGUUACUGAUAAUACAAUUACAGUCUGCAUAAGUACAUUGUGCACUUAUGCACAAUUUUUUUUGUAAGAAUUUGCUUAUUUGCUGUUUUAUGUCUACCUCACAAAGGGUACCUGUAUGAUUGGUGUAAAUAUUUGCCAUGUAAUUAAAGAUAGAGAAGCAUUUCUCUGUGAUAUGAAAACAUAACUGUCUCCUGUGUGUGUGUGUAUAUAUAUAUAUAUAUAUAUACUGUAUAUAUGU